GUUACAAUAUUGUCAGUUGAAGUUGACGUUUUAGAUGUGAUGUUUAUUUACAAAAUGAUAUAUGCUCUUUGGAUGAUAUACACGUAACAAUUAACAAUUUAAUCUUCACUACACAAUGAAUAAUAUAGUAAACUCGGCAUGUAACAAAAAACAACAAGACAAAAACACAUAUGCUUUAUAUUUAAUGCUGAGAAGAACAAGUCAUUACUUUGUACGACACCGAAGUGAAAUAUUGUUUUGAUUUCGUAUUAAAUAUUAUAACAUUAAAUUCAAGACAACUCUACUUUGUCAUUGAUCAGUUUCUUGUUUCUCUUUCGUGAAUUAUAUAUUUUUUCAACUAUGGAUUUAUGUGUCAAUGGGAAAACUCUAGUUGUGAGACAAAAAAAUGUUAAUGCUGAAGAGACACCUAAGUAUGUUUUAUCAAAGGAGCAAUUGGAUUUUUACAAGAAAAAUGGAUUCCUUGUUAUCAAAGGGUUAAUCAAUUUUGAAUGUUUGUACAAUGUCAAGAAACGAUUCCUUCAAGUAGUGAAUGGCUUAGAAGACAAAGGUUUAAUGACCAUUGUGAAGGAACCAGGUUUGACAGAGAAGGGUGCUAAAGGACCAGAUGUUAUUAACAAGAUCAAUGAUAUUCACUUCGAUGAAGAGUUCAGCUCGUACUCUGAAGACCCUCGUCUCCUGGACGUGGUGGCUCAGUUGAUAGGAGACAGCAUCACUGUAGUGCACUGCAUGUUCAUCAACAAGCCCGCCGGCACAGCCCGACAUCCGCCGCAUCAGGACCUAUGGUACUUCCCGUUCGGACCAGCGGAUAAAAUAGUCGCUUCUUGGACGGCGGUGGACCGAGUAGAGAGGGACAACGGCUGUCUCUAUGUACUGCCCGGAUCACAUCGCACGCAAACGCUUAUAGAACAUCACUAUCCCACGGACUCCAACAAGUUCUUAUUCUACGGCGUGAGGGAUGAGUCCGCGGCGCCGGAGGAGCAGCGCGUACACCUGCCCAUGGACCCCGGGGAUACUGUCUUCUUCCAUCCCUUGCUCAUACACGGCUCCGGACCUAACGUGUCCAAGAGAUCUCGUAAAGCAAUCACAUCUCACUAUGCUAGUGGCGAGUGUCAAUAUGUGACAGUGGAUGGCACUGUGCAGGAAACAGUCGCUAAAGACAUUGAAUCCUUGGCUAAAAAGAUAAUAAAUACAGAUGUUACAUUUGUGGACACUUGGCGCUUUAAAAACAAAUUGGUAAGAGGUACAAAAUCUAAUCUUUAAAAUUCCAUACAUAUUAUGUAUGUCUUG